CUUUUCAUCACCUCUCUUACUUAUCUGAGAAGCGGAGAGAUGGGGCAGAGUAUGAGCUGUGGAACGAGACCUGAGCACGGGAUAUUCGCCUCCGUGCAGUGCGGCGAUAUUGUUACUGUGCGGCGUGUGAUGGCGGCGGAUCCGAGUCUUUUGCAUCAAACUACUCCUUAUGAUCGUCACUCCGUUCUCCAUGUCGCUGCUGCUAGUGGUCAGAUCGAGAUUUUGUCUUUGUUACUGGAACGAUUUACGAAUCCAGAUAUGUUGAAUCGUCACAAGCAGACUCCGCUAAUGUUGGCUGCGAUGUACGGGAGGAUCUCAUGCGUGAAGAAGCUCGCUGAAGUUGGAGCUAAUAUUCUGAUGUUUGAUUCCGUCAAUCGAAGAACAUGCUUGCAUUACGCAGCGUACUAUGGACACGCUGAUUGUGUUCAAGCCAUUCUCUCUGCUGCUCAGUCAAGUCCCGUUGCUGUUCAUUGGGGAUACGCUCGAUUUGUGAACAUAAGAGACGACAAGGGAGCAACACCGUUGCAUCUAGCUGCUCGGCAGAGACGUCCUGAAUGUGUGAAUGUUCUCUUGGACAGUGGCUCUCUCGUUUGUGCAUCUACAAGCGUAUACGGUUCUCCAGGGAGCACACCUCUUCAUUUAGCAGCAAGAAGCGGAUCUAUCGAUUGUGUCAGAAAAUUGCUUGCUUGGGGUGCUGAUCGUCUUCAGAGAGACGCUUCUGGGAGGAUACCUUAUGUGGUUGCUAUGAAACACAAGCACGGAGCAUGUGGAGCUUUACUUAACCCAUCCUCUGCAGAGCCACUAGUUUGGCCAUCGCCAUUAAAGUUCAUCAGCGAGCUUAACGACGAGGCGAAACUUCUCCUGGAACAGGCUCUAAUGGAGGCAAACAGAGAGAGAGAGAAAACCAUACUCAAGGGAACUGCUUACUCGAUGCCAUCACCGUCUUUCUCCGAUACUGAUGAUAACAUGUCAGAGGUGAGUGAUACAGAGGUUUGCUGCAUUUGCUUUGAGCAAGUAUGCACGAUCGAAGUGAAAGACUGUGGUCACCAAAUGUGUGCACAAUGCACACUUGCACUCUGCUGUCACAACAAACCGAACCCGACGACUUCGACCGUGACUCCACCGGUUUGUCCGUUCUGUAGAAGUGUAAUCGGCCGGUUAGUCGUCGCCCGGAACAACAACGACAAGAGCAAGAGCCAAGAUGAAGUCGUUGUUGAUCGCGAGGCAGGUGAUAUCAGCUCCUCAAAACUCAGGAAGCAUAGAAAAUCGAUGAACCUCGGUGAAGAAAGCAGCAGUUUCAUGGGACUAUCGUCCAUUGGAUCGUUCGGUAAGAUAACCGGCCGUGGCUCGGGGAGGAUCGCCGCCGAGAACGAGCUGAUGGACAAACCGAUACUGUGA